CAACCCUAACACAUUUAAUUACUUUUUUGAAUUGGGUUCAGAAACAAAGUAGCUCACACGCCAUUGCCAAACCCACUCUACCCUCCCGCUUCGCCCUCUCCUCCUUCUCGCCGGUGAUUACGGCGGCGAACCACUCUUCAGCGCCGCAGCCAACUCCACUAUCAAAACAGGGUCCGGAGAUUCGAGGGCGUUUUAGGUAAAUAUUGAGAUGGGGUCAUCAAUGGCUUCCAGUGAUUUGUCAGCAGAUAUGGAGAUUGAUGCUUUCAGACGCUUAUUUCCUGUUCAGUUUUAUGAACGGCAUUUUGUUAAGUCCUUAAGACCUGAUGCAAGGACUCUUAAUGCAGCUAGAGAUACAACUGUGGCACUUGGGGCUGUUUCAUCUGCUAAUGGGUCUGCACUUGUAAAAAUUGGUUGCACUACUAUGCUUGCUGCGGUCAAGAUGGAAAUCAUGACUCCUUCAACGGAGUCACCAGAUGAGGGUAACCUAGCUAUUGAGUUUCACAUGCCUCCUAUUUGUUCCCCCCUUGUUAGGCCUGGAAGGCCAGCCGAUGCAGCACCAGUUAUAUCAAAGCAAUUAGCGGACACCAUUUUAAGUUCCGGGAUGAUAAAUCUGAAGGAGCUGUGCUUAGUCAGUGGAAAAGCUGCUUGGAUGGCGUACUUGGAUAUAUGCUGUUUGGAUGCUGAUGGCGCUCUUUUUGAUGCUGCUUUACUUUCUGCAGUUGCUGCCUUUUCUAAUUUGCGUAUCCCAGUUGUAUCCUUGAAUGAUGAAGGAAGAGUCUUUAUUAUGUCAGAGGAGAUGGAGGAAGGGAAGUCGAAGAGAGAGCCUGUUAAUAACGAGCUAAGAAAACUGACUUUAAGCAACAUUCCAUUCUCACUUUCUUGUGUUCUUCACAAGAAUUAUAUAUUAGCUGAUCCCACGGCAGAGGAAGAGUCCAUUAUAGAAACUUCAGUGACCGUGGUAUUGAAUUCAUCUGGUCAACUUGUUUCUCUAUACAAACCUGGCGGGCCUGUUCUGGCCUACUCAGCAGCCAUCCAGGAUUGUGUUGCAUUAACAAAGCAAAGAGUGCAGGAACUUCAGCAAAUUCUAAGUGAAGCCAUUUCUGACAUGGAGGUAGAUUAGAUUCUAAUGAGUUAUUUAGUGGGUAGCCGUAGCUGAUAUUUGUACAUUUCGUACUAUUAUUUUGAGGACCUUUUUUUUCUUCAGCGAGGUUUUUUGGCUAGCUUUGUAGGAUAUUUUCAAGGUUGUCCACAGGGUUAUUUAGCAUAUGAUUAAAGAUGAUCUCAUUUUGAUUGUUCAUAUAAGAGAUUGACUGGUAUUCUGUAUUUCAUAUCAGAUUACCUUGAUUUUAUUAGUUUUGAAUAUGAUUUUUUUUUGGGACUGUAAAUCAACCUAUUAUAUGUAACCUGCUUUUUUUUAUGUUAAUUAUUAUACUGACAGUAAUCCUUUUUUUUUUCCUCAGUUCAAAUUUUGUCUGAAUAAUAGAAUAUAGAUGCAACAGAAAACUUUAUGCAUUAAUCUGUGAUCAUGGUUUUAAGGUUAUAAUUAUUUUUAAUGGAAAGGCGAAGGGUAGUUUAAGUCUUUUUCUAUGAGUACUUGAAUAGUGACAGUAAUAUGCACAGCAAUAGAGUUCUUAAUCUUAACAAUUGUUAAAAUGCAUAAUUUGGUCCUGUGGUUGAAUGUAGGACAGUACAAUUAUUAGGAAUUUGCAAUCCCUUGUGUUUGGCUUUAGUUUUGCACCCUUUUAAACAUGAAUGAAAAUGUAUCCUUGUAUUUACUUAGUAUUCCCAUGGUAAGGAAAGAUAAAAACUCCUACUGUCCUACAUAACAGUUGAAUCCAAGAUUCACUAAUUUUUUUGAUACAAUUUUCCUUACAAAGUUGGAACAUUCCUCGUCAAUGUUUACUUUAAUUCGGUGCUCAUGAUAUAUUGAUUUUAAAAAAAAAAAACAUUCUUAAUUUCAUCAUACUUGGUGCUCUUAGUGCUAACCAUCAAUCUCUAUCAAUAAGUCAAUAAGUAACAUUUAUCGACCUAAACAAAGAAUCCAUUUAUGUAACUGCUCAAGUUCACCACAGUCCGCAUAUAUAAAAGUGAGCUAUCACACAUUUGAUUUAUAGAAAACAUAUUAAAUGAAUAAUGUUUCACAUAAUGCACCUUUGAUCAUAAACCAUUUGAAAAAAAUAAAAUAAAAAAAUCAAGGCCAUAUUUUAUAUGGCAUAGUUUAUGAGACUAUGUCCUUACUCCUUACAUCCUAGCGAAUACUUAAAACCUGUAUCGGUUUUAAAUCUGUGUGUUUAAUUGUCUUUAUAAUAAACGCACUAUAUACAAUGCCCCUUAA